GACACAUGAAGUAAACCCCCCAAAAGAACCAGCCUUCUGAAGAGAUGUUCCUCGCUGCGUCUCAGACAUCAAACCUCCACUCUCUCCCCCUCCUCUUCUUCUCAGGCAGGAGCAGGAGCCAUAGAACCCUGUCCAAGUCUAUCUUCCGACCAUCCGUUCCUCGCCGGACGUCGGCGAGAUGUGGCCAGACUUGUUGUGCACUGACUGCAGUCCCACCCACCACGUCGGUGGGUUCAGAGGCCGCAGUUCCAUCAGCGACGUCUGCAGGAUCCAUGGCUGCCAAGGCAGUUGUCACGGUUAAGUUGACGGUUGGAGGGUUUUUUGAAAAUUUCAGGCUUACUCGUGCAGUCGACGACAUUAACGACAUGAUCGGAAAAACGCUAGUCCUCGGGCUCGUUAGCACGGAGCUUGAUCCAAGUACUGGGCUGGAGAAGGAUGCUAUAGAGGCCUAUGCUAGAAGAGUGAACCAAAAGGGGGAUGAGGUCAAGUAUGAGGUGAACUUUUCAAUCCCUGAAGACUUUGGUGAUAUUGGAGGAAUUUUGGUGAUGAACAAGCAGCAUAAGGAAAUGUUCAUCAGAGACAUUACCCUUGUGGUUGGUCAUGCUACUGUUACCGUACAUUGCAACUCCUGGGUGCAUGCUCUCUCAGAUAGCCCUGAAAAGAGGAUAUUUUUCACCGAGACGUGCUUGCCGAACCAGACGCCAAGUGGCGUUCAAAGGUUGAGGAAGAAAGAACUUAAGACCCUACGUGGAAAUGCCCAAGGGAAGCGGAAGAGAUUUGAGAGGAUCUACGACUACGACACAUACAAUGAUCUAGGAUGCCCUGACCAGGGCGAUGAGAAGGCAAGGCCAGUUCUUGGGGGCAAGCAGCAUCCUUACCCUAGACGUUGUCGGACUGGGCGACCUCCGACCAAAAAAGACCCUUUGUCCGAAACAAGGAGCGAUGUUGUGUACGUUCCAAGGGAUGAAGCCCUAUCCGAAGUGAAACAGAUGACAAUUACGGCCAAGACUUUGAACUCAGCUUUGGAUGCCGUGUUUCCUUUUGUUGGGACAGUUUUCAUCAACACCAUGCUCAUGGUUUUAAACCUCAUGGGAAAAGAUACAGCUUCUAACAAGCCUACCUCCUCGCAGUUCUCAGAAGAGUUGGACUUCUCUCAAACCACCUUGACGAAACUGAUGAAAUCUAUAGCUGAUGGAUGUGGCCGCGUAAGGCAUGAUUCAAGAACAAAAGACAAAUUGACUUGGUGCAGAGAUGAAGAGUUUGCUCGACGAACCCUAGCAGGCCUCAACCCAUUUGGCAUCCAGCUACUUAAGGAACUUCCACUGGUUAGCAAACUGGACCCUGAGCUCUACGGUCCCCCGGAAUCUGCCAUCACCAAAGAACUUGUUGAGAGAGAGAUUAAAAUGAGCAUAGAAGAGGCUCUUGAAGAAAAGAGGCUCUUCAUCUUGGACUACCAUGAUUUGUUGUUACCAUACGUGCACAAGGUCAGGGAGCUGGAGGGCACGACAUUGUAUGGGUCUCGCACGCUCUUCUUUCUGAUGGAGGAUGCCACGCUGAGGCCCGUUGCCAUCGAGCUUACACGUCCGGCCUCCCCCACGAAGCCCCAGUGGAAGCGAGUCUUCACACGGAGUUGGGAUUCCACCGGGGCUUGGCUGUGGACGCUCGCCAAAGCUCAUGUCUGUGCUCAUGAUUCCGGCUAUCACCAGCUUAUUGCCCACUGGCUACGAGGUCACUGCUGCACCGAGCCUUACAUCAUCGCUGCUAACCGUCAACUCAGCGUGAUGCACCCCAUACACCAACUGUUGCGCCCCCAUUUCCGCUACACAUUGGAGAUCAAUGCCAUCGCCCGCAAGAACCUCAUCUGUGCCGGCGGACUCAUCGAGUCGUGCUUCUCUCCUGGCAAGUACUCAAUGGAGCUGAGCUCCUUUGCUUAUGACCAGCUUUGGCGCUUCGACAUGGAUGCCUUGCCUGCUGACCUGAUUCGGAGGGGAAUGGCCGUUGAGGAUCCAGCAGCAGAGCAUGGCCUGAGGCUCACAAUCGAGGACUAUCCAUUUGCCAGCGAUGGCCUUCUUAUCUGGUCUGCCAUCAAGCAGUGGGUCCAAGAUUAUGUCUCGCACUACUACCCGGACCCGGCCCACGUCCUGGACGACUAUGAGCUCCAAGGAUGGUGGACCGAGGUCCGAACUAAGGGCCAUGAGGACAAGAAGGACGAGCCAUGGUGGCCUAUCCUGAACAGCCCAGAGAACUUAGCGCAAGUCCUGACCACGAUCAUUUGGGUCGCUUCCGCCCACCACGCGGCCGUCAACUUUGGGCUGUCACAGUACGUGGGCAACAUCCCCCACCGGCCCACAAUAGCCCGCACGACGAUGCCAGUGGAGGACGAGCCGGAGGGCGAAGCGGCUCGGUUCUGGGAUGACCCCGAGGCCGCACUUUUGGAGUGCCUCCCGAGCCCGGUGCAAGCCACUCAGGUCAUGGCGUGGUUGGACGUGCUAUCGAGCCACGCCUCCGACGAAGAAUACCUGGGCGGGGACCUGGAGCUGGGCUGGGCCAAGGACCCGAUGGUGAGGACGGCGUAUGAAAAGUUCCAUAGAAGGCUCAAGGAGGUUGAGGGUAUUAUCGACGAGAGGAACAGAGAUACAAGGCUGAAGAAUAGGUGUGGGGCGGGCAUCGCGCCAUAUGAGAUAUUAAAGCCAUUCUCCAGGCCCGGGGUCACAGGGAUGGGGAUUCCUAACAGCAUAUCCAUUUGAAAAAGUGGUACCGGUUGAUCCAUAAUGGGGGACAAGAUCUGCUGAUUGACAUAUUUGGUUGCGCAACAUUGAAAAUGAUGGGUGCACACUAAUCAUGUGUUUUCGUCUUAGUGCACCAGCUGUGUAGGUGUUCUGACCUACAUACCAAUUUUUUUUAUAGGUUAGCUGUUAGGACGAAGCAACUAAAUAAACAUAUUCUCAUUUGUAAAUUUCUUCAUGGGUGCGUAAUUUGUCUCUGUUAGCGACAACGCAGAAAGAUCUAUUUGGUAAUAU